AUGUUGAUUGCACGGCUUAUCAUCUGCGUCAUCCUGCUGGCUGCGAGCUGUAGCGGUAUCUCUGCGGCUAGCUCUAGAAGAACAAGUCGCUCCAGCUCUACUCGGCGUGCUCGGAGCACUGAAACAUCCUUUAGCCUGUCUGGAAGCUUUCCAAGUAUCUUCCUUGGGGAUGAGCACAUGAACAACCCCGGCCAGCAAUCGGCGUUGCGUGCAAAGCUAAGCAUGGUGCUGGACACCGUGGAGCCGCAUUACAGCGAUGCCCUUCAUCGGGUGCACGAGCUCCGGGAGCCGAAAGUAGCUUCCCUUCUUCAGGAGCUGCUGCUGCUGACUCGGGAGGGUGCGACCGGCAGUGGUCGGCAUCUAGAAGCCUCUAUAGCGCCAGCCGGUGCGGAGGCGGCGGAAGAGGACGCCGUCGGCCUACGACGACGCAGCGACCGGGAGACAUCAUCCCCCAAGCCUCCGAAGCCGCUGUCCAAGCCCCUCUCCACGCUGCCGUCUCCUCAGUCGCUAGUGGACUGGUCUCAUAAGAUCGGAUCGAGGCUGGCGCAGCUGCCGGCCGGGACGUCCUUUCCGGUGCUGAGGCGACUGCUGACGGCGGUGGUGGUGCGCGCGUGGCUGGAUGGGGCUGGCAAGCGGCUGACGGAGGUGGAGGAGGAGGCCGUCAGCGGCUUAUUCGUACAGCUCUACAUGCUGCACCGGCGUGGGGCAAUGAACCGGGGGAUCAUGGACUACCAACACGUGUCCAAGAGCGGGGGCACGAGCUGGUGCCACGCGGCACAGCUCAACGGCUGCACCACCCAGCGCUUCGACAGGUUCUUUGUGUGCGGCGUGAGCUCGUUUGAUGACAAGGUGCGCUGGGUGGACGGAGCGGCGCACACGCGACUGACCGGAGCAGAGCCCACACGCUGGUACCUUCACGGCACUUAUCGUUCCGAGGGGGCACCGGGGUGUGCCAGCCGGGCCGCGCAGAUGCUCGCUAACCGCUGGACGUACUACAGGAACCCCCUCCGCCGCCUCGCCUCCCACCUGCGGUUCAUCCUGCUGCACUACAAGCGCUUCAUGACCGCCCAAGUGGAGGAGGGCGUGGAGAAAUCAGCCGACUUCUUCACCACGUAUGCGGGUGCAAACGCAAGCUUCUGGUCCAGUGUGGCACCGGCAAUAUCUGACAACUACUUUGCAAGGACGCUGCUCGGCGAGGCUGCCUGGCAUGCGCCAGUGGGUGGCAUCACCGCCGACACCCACCUGGCGCCAGCACGGCUCGUCCUGAUGCAGUACGACAUCGUCGUACCGCUAGAGUCACCGACCGAGCUUACAUCGCGAUUGCUUGCGUUUGGAGCUGGUUGGCCGGUGUCGUACACGGACGUGCACGACAAGAACAUUACGGCGCUUCAGGAGAUGUUUGACUUUGACCCAUCACCGCACAUGCCAUCAAGUGAUGAGAUGGAUAUCCUGUACGGCAGGCAGCAAAUUGACAUGGAUUUGUACGGACUCGCAGUCCUGAUCGGCCAACUGGACUACCUGGUGUACAGCACCGCUGCCGCUGCUGGUGUCGUACCGUGGGACGGAAUGCCUGACAAUGUGAACCCGGAGGAGGAUAACGUCAACUACAGAGUCGCCUGCGGGCUGUUGCGAGGUCCAGGGGGGGCGUGGAGCUCACACAUGGUGCACCGCCGCCGCCGGGCGAACGGCGGCGCGGCGGGUCGGGAGACGAGAGUCCGGCGGCGUAGCGACGCGGCGUCGCUGGAGGAGACCUCGCGACGAGACCAAACAGGCUGA